AUGAAAGAAAAAUCUAAUAAUUUAAUAACUCAAAAUAAUGAAACUUCAAUUAUUCAAGUACCAAAACUGACAAAAGUUGAAGAUUUUAAUGAAAAUAAUGAAGAAACUAUUAAAAUAAUUGAAACAGGUCAAGCAAAAAUCAAAAUUAUUAACGAUUUUACUAAUGAAACAUAUAAAAUCUCUGAAGAAGAUUCUGACAUCAACAAUAACAUCAAUGAAAUUGUUGAAAUUAUUAAAGAAAAUUCUAAUUCUGAUACUGAUACUAAUAAUACAGAUGAAAAUUUUAAAACUUCUGAAUCAAAAAUCAUUAACAAAUUAAAAGUUACUAAUGAAAAUUUAACUACAAAUCUCACUAAUAAAAAUAAUUCUUUUUAUAAUUAUAAUUAUUUUAAUUUUGUUGAUUAUAACAAUAAUGUAAUCAAUUCAACUUUAGAUAACAAUUUAUUUUUUGACUAUUUUAAUUUUAACAAUACUUUUUAA